AUGAAAAAUCAGGCAAUUAUACACGAAAUUGAUACUUCACUGAAUAAUUCUUCGCAUUUUAAAGUCAAGACGAGACUGGGAUCAAUAGGAGGAUAAAUGAAUCAGACUUUUUUCGUCCAGACUACCAAAAAUAAUAUUUCAAAUGAUUAUGCAAACGACAAUCAAUCAAUGGUUAAUUAUCUGAAUACAACUGAUUAUAAUACAGCCACUGCAGCAAGAAAUAUAGUUGCAAGCAAGAAUCAGUUCUUCGAAUUGAGAAAUAAGACAUCAAAAGCUUCUGCGUAAAGAAGAAGAAACCUGAGUUCUAUUAUAUAGCCAGGAGUUUCAGUUCCUCGUGACUCAGAUCAGGUUGGCAAUCAGAGUUUUAUUAACACUUCAAGAAUCUCACCAUUAAAUAGAACCUUUAACAAAGUCACCACCUUAGAACCUGAAAAGAAGACUAAGUAUCUUUAUGAAGAUACAAGCAUUGAUAGCCACGUAAAGAAAUAAGAAAGAAGAAUUAGAAGUUUAAUAAGAAUGAAAGAACAUGAAGAGAACAAACUAUAUCAAAUUCACUCCCAGCAAAGGAAGUCUUAAAUGGCUAGACUUUACUAUGAAGUUUAUGGAAGUAAGCUAAUAUUAUCUUAGAUUAUCAAUAAAGUUCAUGUGAAUGAAAGAGAUGUGAUGUUUAUGUCAGAGAUAGAAUUAGAGAUGAGCCUGAAAAGAAGACUGCUUAAGAGAAAAAUGACCUAGAUGGCCAUUAAAAUACAAUCCUACUACAGAAUGAGACUCUGUAGAUAGCAGUUUGUUAAGUACCUUGAAAUGAGGAACAAGGCUGCGAAUAGACUUUAAUAGUUUUGGAAAAGAUAUCAUAUGUGGUAGCUUAUUCCUUAGGCAUUACUGCACCGAAAAACUCAAGCAGCAAUUAGAGUUCAGAAAUAUCUCAAAUCAUUCAUUGCUCACAAGAAAAUCUUUCAGCAACUUACCUAAUUUAAAUUCGAUACUUGCUUUUCUUACUUUUCAGAACUUAGAGUAAAGAUUGUUGAAAACGCAUAAAUUUUAAUUGCUUAUCAUUGGAGAAAAUACAAGAAAAACAAAGCCAUGAAGCCAAAAAAUAAGAAUGUUAAAAAGGUUAAUAAGUUUGGAAGACAGAUAACUAAGAGAGAGGAACGAAAUGUUCCUCCUAAAAAAUAGAUUACCUCUACAGGUGUGAAUGCAAAUAAUACAUUGAAUAGAGAGAAUAGUCCAUCUAAAUAGCAAUUGAUUUAGAAUAGUAAACCAUCAGAUGGCCAAGUUAGCUUGAAUAAGGUAAAUACUCAAACAAAUAAUGCGAAGAGAUCUCCAUAAAUGAAUCCUUCUCUUAAUAGCAUUAUUAAAAAGGCUGAUUUUUAAAAAACAAUCGGGAUUCAAAAGUAAAACACUGGAGAUAAAAAGCCAAUUUAAAAUCUAAAUCUAGGAGCUAUCGCUUAAGUUGCCCAAAAAAUAGUCCAAUUCAAAAGUUAAGUCGGAAGUUCCACAAAUAGAACAAACAAAGAUAGUAAUGGGUCAGGUAUUUAAACUAAACUACAAGAAAUAGUAAACUAAGCAUAGGAAUUAGACUAACUUAAUUAUUCAAUAAACGAGGAAGAGAAGGAACAAAAGGAACAUUAAAUAAAUACUAAUCCAACUCCUCCGUCUGAUUCAACUUUGAUCAAUAGACGAAGCAGUCAUCAUUUCUAGUCUGAAUUAAAUCAGUAAAAUACUCGCAAGCCAGAAAUUGUCCUCAACAUAGACUCUAAUCAUGAUAUCAUACUUUAAUAGUAAGAACAAGAAUCAGAGACUAUGUCAAAUGAAUCAACUAAGAAUUAAGAGGAAAUACUAGAAAAGGAACUUCAGGAGGAAAAUUAAGAAAACUCGAGCAUUUCAGAGAAUGAAAAUGAGAAUAACUUUGAAAUGAAUGAAAGCAAAAACGAUAAAAGUUAAUUCAAUGAUAGGAAUUCUAACGAUAAUUUAAAUCUGUAAAAUUCUUUAAAGUCUCAGAAGUAGGAAAUCAGAAGUUAAAAUCGUAGCUAAAGCAAUCAUGCCCAUGAAUUGCAAUUGCAUGAAUAAAGUUCUAAAACAUCUAGCAAGAGAUCAAUCUCUGGAGCAAAAGCAAAUAUUAAUAGUUAAGAUAAAAUGAGUAAAUCUCCACCAAUAAACUCCCUUAAAUAAAUAGCUUCAAAUAAAACUAACGGGGGAAAUAAAAGCUAUUUAGAGCAAAGACAUUGA